AUGGACCUUCACAAUAAGUUCCCUGGAGAAAUAUGUCCUAAUCCAAUCGGAAUACAGGCUCAGACCGUCUCUGGCCAGCCAGCAUUUCAAACUGGAAAUUACAUUAUACUAUCUAUUUCAGCAUCUGGGUUUUUUUGCAAACACGUAAAACCAGGAUUUUGUGCUGAUUAUAAGGUGCGCUUCACCUGCCCAGAUGAAUGGUGUUCAAAAUGUAGGACACCCUGGCUUGACCGAGAUGACCCCAGUGGAGUAGGAGACUAUGAGACGCUGUCCUUACUCCUGAUAAAAUACCCACUGCAGGUCUGCCCUAAGCCCAUCGCCAUAGAGGUCACAACCAUUAGUGGGACCCCUGCACUGCCACCUGGAAACAUUUUUGUAGGAUAUGACCCGUUACAGGGCUUUGAGUGUAAGAAUGGGGCCUGUGAAGACUACAUGGUCCGCUUCACAUGUCCAUUAAGUUUCUGCAACACAACGUGUGUAACCAGGUGGUUUAAUUCAGACAGCCCUAAAACAAAUGGAAGUGACUCUGAACUCUUGUCUGACCUUAUCAGUAUGUACCCUGGACAAAUAUGUUCUAAUCCAAUCGGAAUAGAGGCUCAGACCGUCUCUGGUCAGGCAGCGUAUACAACUGGAGACAUCUUUCAAGUGUAUAAUCCAGUCUCUGGGUUUGCUUGUGUAAAUGCAGGCCAGACAGGAGGAGGGGUUUGUGAUGAUUAUGAAGUGCGAUUCUCAUGCCCAGAGACAUUUUGCUCAACUUGUAGGACAUCUUGGUUUGACAGAGAUGACCCUGAUAAUCCAGGAGAUCGUGAGAUCUGGAAAGACAUUCAGACAUCAUCAUAUGUCUGUACAUCACAUGUCACAUAUCUGCCCAUUGCUAUUGAGGUGGUCACAACCGUUAGUGGGAGCCCUGCACUGCUGACUGGAAACCUUUUUCAAGUAUUUGAUCCACAUGAGGGCUUUGAAUGCGUGAAUAAUCAGCAGCAGGGUGGAGGGGUCUGUCAGGACUACAAGGUCCGCUACACAUGUCCGAAAAUUUUCUGCGAGAUGGUAGUUCACACAAACCUCUCAACUGAGGUCCUAAACAUUAAUGGCAGAAAUUAAGCUUUGGUGAAACUACGUUUUCAAUUUAAGUUUAGAUAGCCAUGUUAGAUUAAUGAAUUAAAUGAAGAAGAAGAAAAAAACAUUAAAGAUUUGCAUUAUCCUUCCCUGUCUCAGCUUUUUUUGUUGUGAAAUUCUUU